AUGCCCAGAAACGUAGAGAUCAAAGCUCGCGUUGAAGACUUGGAGGCCGUCAAACAGCGCAUAUUAGCGUUGCGGUCGAACGCUGCUUAUGACGUCUGCCCGGAUCCCACGGUCAUGAGACAAAAAGACUCGUUUUUCAAUUUACCAGCCGGUAGAUGUGGCAAAUUGAAACUCAGACAAAUGGGUCUUUUUAAUGAGUUAAUUUAUUAUGACCGCGAGGAAAGCACUGGACCAAAGUUAAGCUCUUAUAAUAAAUGUCAAGUAAGCGAAGAUGUAGAAAAAGUACUGACAAAUGCUUUGGGUGCGUGGGGAGUCGUGAAUAAAGAAAGAAGUUUGGUCAUGGUUGGCCAAACAAGAGUGCAUUUCGAUAGGGUUGAUGGUCUUGGGGAUUUUGUAGAACUGGAGGUAGUUUUGAGCGAUAGCCAAACAGUUGAGGAUGGACAAUCAAUUGCAGAAGACCUGAUGUCUCAUAUGGGAAUUGAAUUAAAAGACUUGAUAUCUGUGGCAUAUGUAAACAUGCUUGUUCAAAAUAAAUCAUAA